AUGCUCGGCGCAUUGACCCCCUACAGUGGUACCUAUAAUGAGGGGUGGCGCCGACAUCCCAAUUUCUCCAGGAAUGGCAACAACUACAGCAGGCCUAAGCCUCCCGGAUUCACCGCACCAACUAAGGUUUUAGCAGAGGCAGCAGUACCAGACCCGACAGGGUCCAUUUUCGCAGCAACAAUCGUUCCACGCAAGAUAGGGGAACCCUUCCAGCAGCAGCAGAGGCAAUUCCCACAGCCAGCAGUAGCCCUAGUACAGGGUGACCAGAUGUCUGAGCGGAAAAACAUGGUGACGGCUUUCGUGAGCACCAGCAUAGAGAAGUUUGCCAGGAUGGACCAGUUCAUGAAAUUUUCUAUGAGGAAAUUCGAUGCACUAGAGGCAUGCCAGAGAAACCAGAAUGCCAUUUUGAAGGACCUCCAGAAUCAGAUUGGAGGGAUAGCUCGAAACAACAUCACCAGGGCACCGGGAACUCUACAUGCCAACACCAUCCCAAAUCCUCGCGAGCCUCACCAGCAGUUGGAUGCCAUUACUACUAGAAGUGGCAAGACGACGUCUGUUGUUCCUGCUCUGGCCAGGCAGGAGGAACCAAUACCUGUUCCAGCACUUCCGGCUGAAGAUGAAGAGGUGGGGAUAGAGAAGGAAGCGCCUGCUCCCAAGCCACAACCAGUGGUUAAGGAGCAUGUUCCCUAG